AUGGCAGGUGCUGCAGGAGGCCAGUCAUUGCAAGAGGCCCCGACGUGGGCGGCUGCCGUGGUGUGCGCCGUCUUCAUCAUCAUAUCGGUCUUCAUGGAACAGUGCAUUCAUUUUCUGGCCAAGUGGUUCCAAAAGAGCCAGAAGAAGGCCAUGGCGGAAGCCUUAGAGAAAAUUAAAGCCGAGCUCAUGCUGCUAGGCUUCAUGUCUCUGCUACUCACCGUGAGUAUAGGUGUCAUCUCAAAGGUAUGCAUCCCCGCUAGUUACGGCGAAACCAUGCUUCCGUGCAAGUUCGAUCACGAGAACAAGGACGACGGUGGCCAUCCUAACAAAGAAGACGAUGAUCACGACAAGAGGAAGCUUCUGUCCCUCGCCACGGACAUGAUGUGGCGCCGAUCUUUGGCAGCUUCCGCCUCGGACGAUUACUGCUCCAAGCACGGGAAGAUACCGUUGAUCUCUCAGUCAGGGCUGCAUCAGCUGCACAUCUUCAUCUUUGUCCUGGCCGUGUUUCACGUCCUCUACAGUGUCGUCACAAUGGCAUUAGCAAGGGCCAAAAUGAAGAAGUGGAAGGCCUGGGAAGCAGAAAGCUCAUCUCUGGAAUACACAUAUACUCAUGUAAGGUUCCGAUUUACUCAUCAGACUUCUUUUGUGAGGCGUCACUUUGGCUUCUCCAAAGUUCCCGGAAUUAUAUGGAUCGUCGCUUUCUUUAGGCAAUUUUUUGGAUCAGUAUCGAAGGUCGACUACUUGACAAUGCGCCAUGGCUUCAUCAAUGCCCAUUUGGCUCCUAACAGCAAAUUCAAUUUUCACAAGUACAUCAAGAAGUCCAUGGAAGACGAUUUCAAGGCCGUCGUGGGAAUCAGUUUCCCAAUGUGGAUCUUUGCUGUGCUGUUCCUGCUGCUUAACGUAUACAAAUCGUACGCGCUCACCGGGCUAGCUUUGGCUCCACUGCUCAUAAUCCUUUCGGUGGGCACCAAACUUCAAGUGGUUAUCAUGAAAAUGGCUCAAGAUAUCCAGGAAAGGACCAGCGUUGUCAGAGGAGCUCCAGUUGUUGAGCCAAACGACAAGUUCUUCUGGUUUAAUCGGCCUCAGUGGGUUCUUCACCUGAUCCAUUUCACUUUGUUCCAGAACGCAUUCCAGAUGGCAUUUUUCUUAUGGACUUGGUCGCAGUUCGGCUGGAGAUCGUGCUUCCAUGAGAACGUUGGAGCCAUUUUGAGCAGGGUUCUUCUUGGGUUGGCACUUCAGUUCCUGUGCAGCUACAUCACUUUCCCUCUCUAUGCCCUAGUCACCCAAAUGGGGUCGCACAUGAAGAAGUCAAUCUUCGAGGAGCAAAUGGCCAAGGCCCUAACGAAUUGGCACAAGGAGACCAAAGAGAGGAACAGGCAGCUCAAGAAGGCUGGGCCGGGAGGAGAUACCUCGUCCCCAUCAUCGCAAUCUUCGCCGCCAGCGGCCAUGGGCCACGCUGCACCGCCAUCAUCGCCCUCUGUCUACAAGCCCCAAGCCAGUAAUGGCGAAGCCCCUCCCCGUCUCGCUGUCGUCUGA